GCUCUAUGUACGAAACGUCGUUGCUUUCGACGGUGGCGACCUCCUUUUCAUUUCCGCCACCGACGGACACGUACUUGUGAAACACGCGAAUCAACUUAAUAUUGCUUAAAAGCGUGUAAAGUUGGUCGAAAUCUUCGGAAAACAACAUCAAAAUGGCCGGUACAUUGUACACAUACCCGGAGAAUUUCCGUGCUUUCAAAGUACUGAUUGCAGCUCAAUAUUCUGGCGUGCCGGUGAAGGUAGCCGCCGACUUCGUGUUCGGUGAAACGAACGCCAGUGAAUCGUUCCUGCAGAAGUUCCCCAGCGGCAAGGUGCCGGCGUACGAAACGAAGGAUGGGAAAUACUUGACGGAAAGCAAUGCGAUCGCUUACUACGUCGCCAACGAACAGCUGAGAGGUACGAACGAUUUCCAGCGUGCCGAGGUUCAAUCGUACCUGAGCUUCGCCGACAACGAGCUGCUGCCCGCUGUCCAGGGAUGGACGUUCCCGAUCAUUGGCAUCGUGCCGUACAACAAGAACAACGUCGAGCGGGCAAAGGAAGAGCUGCGCCGUGCGCUGACCGUCCUCAACAGCCGGCUGCUGAAGCAAACGUUCCUGGUCGGGGAGCGCAUCACGCUGGCCGACAUUGUGGUGUACGCCACCCUGCUACACGCCUACGAAUAUGUGCUCGAUCCCGCCUUCCGUACGCCGUUCGGUGCCGUUACGCGGUGGUUCACAACCGUCAUGAACCAGCCGCAGGUCGUGGCCGUCGUCCAGCCGCCAACGCUCUGCGCCAAGGUCGCGCAAGCCGACCCAAAGAAGUACGCCGAAUUUCAGGCGAAGGUAAGCGGAGGAAAUGCCACUGCCACCGAGAAGAAGAAGGAAAAGAAGGAGAAGAAACCGGCACCGGAAAAGGCUGCUGAGCCGGCCGCCGAACUGCCGGAUGCUGCGGACGAACUGAUUGCCGCCGAACCGAAACAGAACGAUCCGUUCGAAACGCUGCCGAAGGGUACGUUCAACUUCGACGACUUCAAGCGGUUCUACUCGAACGAGGAGGAGGCGAAAUCGAUCCCCUACUUCUGGACCAAGUUCGACCCGGCCAACUAUUCGAUCUGGUACGGCGAAUACAAAUACCCCGAGGAGCUGACGAAGGUGUUCAUGAGCUGCAAUCUGAUCACCGGCAUGUUCCAGCGUUUGGACAAAAUGCGCAAGCAAAGCUUCGCCUCCGUCUGCCUGUUCGGUGAGGACAACAACAGUACAAUUUCCGGCGUGUGGGUUUGGCGCGGCCAGGACCUGGCGUUCAAGCUGUCGCCCGACUGGCAGGUCGACUACGAGGUGUACGACUGGAAGAAGCUAGACCCGGCAUCGGAAGAAACGAAACAGCUGGUUGCACAAUACUUCUCCUGGAGCGGUACCGACAAGAAUGGGCGCAAAUUCAAUCAGGGCAAAAUUUUCAAGUAAACCCCCCCUUUCCAAUAAUAUCCCCCUGUCUGUCUCGCAGUGAAAGGUGAGAGAUCCUUUCCGUGCUGUUUGCAGCCCCGUCGGCUUUGUUUCUUCCUUGCGUGUGUAUGUGUUUGUGUGGAUGUGCAGCUGCAAUCAAUAUACUAAUGGCAGAGGAGAUGUAAUGCAACACAACUAUCAAUCUGUUAUGAAUUCUGUAUAACGACGAACCCAAUAAUGCUCUGUUAGCAAUUCUCGUCCAAGUUCGGCUGUGGCCUAGCCUUCCCAACAAGUCAGGAGGGGGUCACAGCUGCCGAGGGAGCCAUCAAUCAAGAAGCAUUCAAACAAUUGUUCUUUUUCCACCAAGAGCCGCGAAAGCAAACAACUGCAGUGUGAAUGAAGAAUGAAAUUAAAUCGUACCUUUUUUUAAAUACCUUACAAAAACAUCUUUUUUGUCCACGGGCUAUAACCCCAAUCGCACCUCCUUAUACCAUCAUCUUUGAAAUGCGUCCCGGGCUUCGUAUUCAGUCUUAUUGAAUCAAAAUAAAGUGAUCACAAUACAGAGAUGGAACAAUAAACUUAUUUCUAAAUAUAAAAAGAUGCAGCGAAAUCGAUGCUUCUCUUUGGUGCCGUGCCUCCUGCAAGUUAUGUUUAGUGGAAUUUAAAUUUGAACAAGCCAUUUGCCUGCUAGAGGAUCUGUUAAGAAGAGUGUUGCACAGAAGUGGCCCGUAUGGCCUCCCGUUCCCGUUUAGGUUGCUCGGAAUGCUAGUCAUUCCCCCUUUUCGUACCCAUAAUUCAUCAUAUUCAUUCCCCACACUCAGCUGCACAGCAUUUAUCAAAAUUCAAGCAUUUAUCAAAUCGCAACGCGCGCGCAAUGGUACUUAUCUUAAUCUGUGAGGGAAACGAAUGCAAACGCGCACCAUAAUUAUCGAACAUCCAGCAUCCGAGUGGGUGAGUUGGCAAAACGAACAAAUACUCUCCAAUUACAACUUGUUAGGAAAUAAAACACGAAACAAAAUA